AUGGGAAAGAUUCGAGGUUUCUUGCUCAAACACAGGGUGAACACUCUUUUCAGACGUGUUUUUCGGCGAGUUUCCCGGCGACACAGACCUCCGGAGGAACACCGGCUGCUGGACCGACCUAGGAGCUUCCAGGUGGUUAGGUCCAUUUCAAGACUCCUCGACUGGACCCGCCUUAGUAGGAGGAUAGCCAAGGUCAUAAUGAGCUCCAAGAACCUUGGUACUUAUCAGGGUUCUGGAUACAGCCGGGUCGGGCAAGAAACGGUCAAAGAAAAUCCCGUUACUAUUCCGAAGGGACAUUUAGCAGUCUACGUGGGCCAGAAAGAUGGUGAUUUUCAGAGAGUUUUGGUUCCUGUAGUGUAUUUUAAUCACCCUUCAUUUGGUGAUUUGCUGAAGGAGUCCGAAAAAGAAUACGGGUUUGAUCAUCCGGGUGGGAUUACCAUACCCUGUCGGAUCUCGGAGUUCGAGCAGGUUCAGACCCGGAUCAAGGCAGGUCAGUGUACCCGGAAGUUGCUGGCGUGGAAGUGA